CUACGGUUAAUGGGAUUGAUGGUACUGAUUCACUUAAUAAAUGGAGUCAUAGCCCUACAACAAAUGUUUCUUGAUAAUCGUAAAAGAACUCGGAAGUAUAUUUCUUAAUGGGAUUGAUGAUACUGAUUCACUUAAAACAGUGUCUUUGUUUCUCUUUUGGUGUAUAUUUCUUAACUGAAAAUGAUUUGAUUGCUGAAUUUGAUGACAAGCGUACGUAAUGAAAAUUGCUCGGUGUUUUCUUCAUGUAUUUGAAUAGAAUCUGAUAUUUUUUCUCGAUGAUGUCUCCUUCUUAGGACAGCAUUCAUGUUUUCUCUUCUCAUGUUAUCACCUCAUAAAUCCUUUAUCAAAAGAAAAAAAAAAUGUCAUCACCUCAUCAUAAAGUUAUUUAAUAACAUAAGAGAAAUAUUCAUUUAUAAUAUUGGUUAUCAUGAUUCAUCAAAUCUAAGCCAACAAUAAAGUGAAUCUUAAGAAUUAAAAAAAUAAAUAAAUAAAUGAAAACCACAACCAACAAAUAAUAUAUAUGAUUAAACAAAAAAAAUCCAAAUUUAGUUUGAAAAUUUUAAAAUAACGAAAUAUUUCAAACCUAAAUUGCAAAGUUCUUAUAAACAAAAGAAAUAAGUGUAUGCAAUAACAAAAUACAAUCAGUAUAUAAUAAUGUACAAUAAAAUUAUUCUAAAGAUUAUGUUUUAUAAGUUAUACAGUAAUAUUUAUUUCAAAAUUUCAAUUCAUUUUGAUAACAUGGUUAACUUCAUUUUCAUAUAUAAUAGUACAUAUAAGAGUCUAACAAACAUGUAUAUAUGUACCAUUUCUCAAAAAAGAACAUGUAUAUGUAUAAAGAGUAACAAUAGUUUCAUAUUAUCUAUUUAUCUAUCUUUAAAUAUUUCUAGUUAUAAUGAAUAAGUUAUUUCUGUUACAUCGUGAAAAUUAUUAAUUUUAAAAAAUAUGAUUAAAGAAUUUUUUUUUUUACAAUUUUAUAAUAAUUAGACAAGUAAAUAAUUUCUAAAAUGAAUAGUUGAAAUUUAUGUAGAACUUAUGAACGUUAAUAAUAUUUUUAAUUAAAAUAAAUUAAACAUGUAAAAUAAAUUUGUAUUAUUUUUUUUACCGGCGGGCGGGUUUGCCCUAGUAUUAUAUAUAUUCAUAAACUUUCAUCACUUAUCAGGUUAAUUGCUGGGACAACUGGCUAUAUUUAAUAGACUAAAAAGUUGGAAAAUCCCUUCAAGUGAAUAUAAGAAGCGUCCACACAUGGGAUCAGUUUUUGUUUUUGUAGUGUUUGGACUUUCAAAAUCUUCAUUAUUAUUUGAGGCUCUUUUUGUUAACAGUUGGACGGAGCUUUUCGUAAUGGACUUGUAGAUGUAACAUAGAUGUGUUAUGUGUAUUUAACAACCUGAACAAGUUCGGUAAACACUUUACAAACAAUUUGGAUCCAAAGACCUCUUUGGGUUCUUCAGACAUUGACAAAAUCAUGGUGCGUAGCUCCAAAUAGCAACAUUGUGAUAGUGAAAACUCAGAGUCAUACUUUCGAACGCACAUUCCCAACCCUUUUGCUUCAACAUCUGAAUUCUUCUAUGAAUUACAACCUCACUGUCAAAGUGUCAAUAUAAUAUUUUUUACCUGUUUACAAAGUCAAUUUUUACGAGGUCAAUCAUAUCAUUUGUUGGAGGCACGACUAGUUCUUUUCAUUCACUAUAUUGUCACUAGGGACUAAAGUUGGAACAGAUCCACAAAUGCAGAUAAAUCAAACGUUGAACUUUUCUUUUGUGUUGUGGGUUCUUGACAAGUGUUUUUUUGAGAAUGUUAAGUUGUAUUUCAUGGACCAUAAGGUCUAGUAUUUAUAUAUUGGUAUACCUAGUAGGGCAAGGAUAUAUUCGUUUUUCAUAUUUAUCUACUUAGGAAGUAUAACAUAUUCCAAUACACCCUUCCUCAAGUUGGAGCAUAUAAGUUAGUUAUGCCCAACUUGAAAAUGAAAUUGUCAAACUCCUUGGGGCCCAAUGCUUUCUAUAAAUAUCACUAUUUGUGCUCAAGUCAACGUCCCCUUCCUCUAUAUAUAGUUUAUAGAUUUGGUAUGAAUCUGUAUCUCAAAGGGUUUCACUAAACUUUUCUUUUGUCUUGUGGGUUGUGCUCAAGAUUUGAUCCAACUACUGAAAGUUUCCUUGUUUAGUAUUUUUUCUUUUUCUUUUUUUUUUGUUUAAACCGAAACUAAUGUCCAUGGAAGGGUCAAGUACCGGCUCUGUGAGGGGGGAACUGUUACACGGUAACUUAGACAUUUGUGUUAAGGAGGCUAAAAAUCUUCCUAAUAUGGAUCGGCUCGGGAAGUUUACGAGGAACAAUACAAGUGAUCCGUUCGUGACUGUCUUUAUCGCAGGUGCAAAGAUUGGCACAACUUUUGUUAUCAACAACAAUGAGAAUCCUGUGUGGAUGCAGCAUUUCCAUGUACCGGUGGCUCACCAUGCCGAGGUGGUUAAGUUUGUGUUGGAAGACAGUGACCAACUUGGAGCCAAGUUCAUAGGAGAUGUUGGAAUCCCAACCGAGGAGUUGUGUUCAGGGAAUAGGAUCGAAGGGCUGUUUCCGAUACUUAACAGUAGUGGGAAGCCAUGUAAAAAGGGUGCUGUGUUGAGUUUGUCUAUUCAAUACUCUCCAGUUGAAAUGAUGAAAGUUUACCAAAUGGGUGUUGGUAAUGAGUGCGAAGGAGUUCCCGGUACAUAUUUCCCUUUGAGGAAAGGCGGUAGAGUUACUCUAUAUCAAGAUGCUCAUGUUGAAGACGGGACACUUCCGAGUGUAGAUCUCGAUGGUGGGAUGAAGUAUAUACAUGGAAAGUGCUGGGAAGAUAUGGCUUAUGCGAUUAGAAAGGCAAAGAACUUGAUAUAUAUCACAGGUUGGUCAGUUUACCAUCCGGUUAGGCUGGUUCGUCGCAAUAAUGAUCCAACCGAUGGUACAUUAGGGGAUUUGCUUAAAAAAAGAUCUAAAGAAGGUGUUAGAGUGUUGCUAUUGGUGUGGGAUGAUCCAACUUCAAGGAGCUUUCCAAAGUACAGAAAACAAGGAGUUAUGAACACAAGCGAUGAGGAGACUCGUCAUUUUUUCAAGAACUCGUCAGUGCAAGUGAUUAUUUGUCCUAGAUCAGAUGCUGAAGGUCUCCACGGCUUAGUAAAAAAAAAUGAAGUUGAAACUUACUACACACAUCAUCAAAAAACUGUGAUUGUAGAUGCUGAUGCUGGUCAGGGCCGACGAAAGAUCGUAGGAUUUGUUGGAGGACUAGACGUGUGCAACGGACGUUUUGAUACUCCUAACCAUCCUCUCUUUACGACAUUGAAGACACUCCAUAAAGAUGACGUCCAUAACCCAAAUUUUGUGCCUAAUGCUGAAGAUGGACCAAGACAACCGUGGCAUGAUCUACACAGCAAAAUUGAUGGUCCAGGUGCAUAUGACCUGCUUACUAAUUUUGAACAACGCUGGGAAAAAGCUAUAAAAAAACAACACAAAAUUUGGAAACAUCGGUCGUGUUCUGAUGAUGCUUUGCUUAAGAUUAACAUGAUACCUGAAAUCAUGGGACUAUCAGAAGCUUCUUCUACUAAUGAUAGUGAUCCAGAGUCUUGGCAUGUUCAGGUUUUCCGUUCAAUUGAUUCAACCUCAGUAAAAGGAUUUCCAAAGGACCCAAAGCAGGAUACUGGAAGAAAUCUUCGAUGUGGGAAGAAUAUACUCGUAGACAUGAGCAUACACACGGCUUAUGUUAAGGCCAUAAGAUCUGCUCAGCAUUUCAGUUGAUAUCUUGUGAAUUUACAUGUUUUUAACUUCUUAUUCUUGCAUGGUUUGGUCAUCUAGAGUAUCAUUUAGGCACAUUUAGGUUGCAUAUCAUUGCAUUUGUACAUAUCAGGUGUUGGAGAGCACCAUGGAUGAGUUAGAAGACCAUUGGAGGGAUUUUGAGUCCAAAGAGUGAAAGAUGAACACGUAUGAAGGCCUUAAAGAUCUCUUCUGAAGCUCAAAAUUUGUGGAGACACUGGAAAUUGAGUUAGCUUUACAAUGGAGGUGGUUUCAAGUCGUUUGGAGCUGUAUUGAGGGAUUUAUGAUCAAAAUACUACACACAUAUCAAUAUGACAUUCCUAGCGGCCAGGCGUAGCGGCAAAAGAUGGUCGCUACAGAAGAUAGAGCUGAGGCGCCUAAGUACCGUAGCGGGAGUGUGUAGCGGGUUAGAGAGACCGCUAUAGUUGAAGCGCUUUCUGUAGCGGUCUUCCGUAGCGGCAUAAUGAGGUCGCUAUGAGUUCAAGAAUGCGAAAAAAAUCGUCUAAGUGUCCUAGCGGCCACCCGUAGCGGGCAUGUCAGGUCGCUACAGGCGUAGUGACCUCUGGUAGCGACCUUUUAUGGUCACUACGGAGAAAAAUAUCUGUUUUUAUGGGUCAACCCCAGCUCGAGUUUUAGAUAUAUAUAACUACUUUUCAGACAAUAAUUGGGGAUCUAUCUACUUUUUUAUGAAGAACACAAGAACUCUUGAGAGAGAAAGCUUGAAUCUUUAGUUUCUUUUCUUCUUAUUCUCUUGAAUUUGCUUGUUUAAUCCUUGUUUAUCUUUAUUCUCUGUUGUAUCUACUUGAAUAUGCUUCAAUCUAUUAUGAGAUUAAGUGUUUUCAUGGAGAUUAGUGAGUAGUUUCCUUAAGAAUUCAUGGGUUAGGGAGAUUAGAGUAACUUAGUG